AUGAGAUCAGUUUUAACUUUCACCAAGAGGAGUUAUUCUGUGCUUUCAGAAGCCCUCGGUAAAGUACCACCAGUAGAACUCAAUUAUGAUUUACAUGAACCGAAAGUAGUGAAGCAUGGAAAUCCAUUGAUUCUUCUUCACGGGAUAUUUGGAAGCAGAAAUACUCAUAGAUCAGUUGGUAAAGCAUUAGCUAAUAGAUUGUCAAGGCCUGUUUAUUGUCCAGAUUUAAGAAACCAUGGGAAUUCUCCUCAUGAUUCAAGAAUGGAUUAUCCAGCUUUGGCUUCAGACGUUGAAAAUUUCAUUAAUCAACAUAGAAUUCAAAAACCUAUCAUUAUUGGUCACUCCAUGGGUGCUAAAACUGCCAUGGCCGUUCCUUUAAGGAAUCCCAACUUGAUCAAAAUGUUGAUUGCUGUAGAUAAUGCGCCCAUAAAUGUUGUUGAUACUGGAUCUUCUUUCACUAGAUACAUUUCGUCCCUUAAAAAGUCUCUUGAAUUUUAUAAGUUCAAGAACAUUAAAGAUGUUGACAAUGAAUUGGCAAAAGUCGAACCCAAUCAAGUUAUCAGAGCCUUCUUGUUAACGAAUAUGAAUAGAGGUAAAGCUGAUGAAAUUGUUACAUCAAAAAUUCCCUUGGAUUAUAUAAAUAACGCUUUAGUAGCAGGAAAUAUUUCGGCUUGGCCCUUCGAUUCCAAUGAAACUAGAUGGAGUAGGGGCCCAGUACUUUUCGUAAGAGGUACAGAAUCCAAUUAUGUUCCAGAUGAAGCUAUUCCCGAAAUAGGUAAGUUUUUCCCUAAUUUCGAAUUAAGAGAUAUGAAAACCGGACACUGGGUUAUAAGUGAAAAGCCAAAUGAAUUCAUAGAUUUAGUAGUUGACUUCAUAGAAAAGAAUGAGGAAGCAUAA